AUGCCACACACCUCCCGCAAAAAGACACCCAGCAGCACUACCGCCACCAAACGAACAACAAUCACCGACGCGACCGGCUGGACGCACGUCACGACGACCGGCAACGCCCACCGCGCCCAUCGCCAACACCGUCCACAAAACCACGCACAGCAACAACCACCACAGGAAGAACUUCAACCCGCCGAAGCCCCCAAAUCUCUAACCCUCGCCUCCCUCUUCACGCAAUACCGCUCCCACCGCACGAAAUGGGCCAAACCACAAGCCCAAACAGAACCCCAAGCACAACCACACCCACAACCCGAAGACCAAGACCCUGAAGACAAACAAGCGCAGCCAUCCACCGAACGCGAAUCGACCCCCCGCAUAACCAACAUAAUCUGCAUCGGCCUCGGCAGUCCCAGCGGCUUCCUGCGCGGCGGCUGGGUCGACCGGCGCAGCGUCUCGCUCUACCAACUCAAUGCGUUGAUGAGUGUGGUGGAGUGUUUGAAUCACUCAACCACACCCCUACAAAUCUACGCCCAAGACCCCGUCUUCAACGCCCUCGAUCGUCAACUCCUCACUUCCCUCGGGAUCACCGUCGUGGAGCAUCCGGCCGGGUUCGAGCGGGUCACCCCCAAUUCGCUGCUGUUCUGUCCCGGGGCGGAGAAAGCGCAUCUCGAGGUGCUGCUGGCGCGGAACCCGGCGGGGGUGGUCGGCGGGCCCUUGGAGGAUACGGGCUCCGCCGGGAUCGAGCGGUUCGUGGCGCGGACGGGGUCGGUGCGGUUGCCGCGGUUUGAGGAGUUGAAGGAGGCGUUUUGGGAGAUGAAGGUUUACUAUACCCAGCAGGUCGAGGAGGAGGAACCGUGAGGACUGGUGGGCGAGAAGGAUUAAGUUGGAAUACCAAACAGGGAUACAUUUGGCGGACACGACACAGCCAGACAAUGUGCCAGUCACCCCAUAGAGUGCAGCACGCGGACACACAGGGCUCCAGCAACGCAAGUAUAGAUGAUAUUUGCAAGUAACUGUCGGUGGCUUAGGACCAUCACUAUCAACAAACUAUAUACAUACAGCAUGGCACGGGAGGUAACAUGAACAGCCCUCCCAACAGUCAAG